AAACUAAAAUCGUAACUAAAACAAAUGAAUGAAACUGAAACUAAAAAUAAAUUUAAUUACAGCAAAUUAAAUUACAGUGUUUUCUCUAAGGCUAUUUUUUUAAAUUCGUUAUGAACGAGAUUUGCGUUAUAUUGUAGGUAGUAAUUUCAUCGGUAUUGUGUUAUUAUUUGUGUUGGUAAUUAUAACAUCGUACGAUGAGUCGAGUAAACCAGGCUCAAAUGAAGAAAUUACUUGAUCUUCUGAGCGAAGAUGGGGUUUUAGUGAACGGGAAGGUUUCUUACUCUAACACCAAUAAGCAAAAUUUCUGGAAACAAAUUGCUAUGCAGUUAAACUCCGUGGAUGGAGGGGUUUACAAAAAUACCUGGAAAUGGUGUAAGAUGUGGGCUGAUUGGAAAAACAAAACAAAAAAGAAAGCAAAUAUUCUGCUGCAGAAGAAACACUAUAACUACAGCCAGCAGGUCGCUCCACUCAAUAAUCUAGAGUUAAGGCUACUAAAGAUGAUCAACUACCCUCUGGAUGAUAAGACAAAUGUACCAGAUCUGGAAAUGGUCAACAAAGUAGAGAUACCAGAACCUACUCCAGACGAAAUAACAGGUUUUCUGACAGAAGGCUAUGACACUCCUUUGAGUCCUGAUCGUAACAUGUCCUCGGAUGAAGAAGACGAUACAGUGUUAGGCAACAUUGCUAGGAGCAAGAACACAUUUUGUAAUGUUGAUAAUAUACUAAAAGAUGGUGACAGCAAAUCUGAAUUUGAUGGAGAGUUUUUAAAUGCUGAAAAGAAAGUAAAAAUUAAAGGAAAAAAAUACAAGAAAUUAAAAACAUCCUUAGAAGAAUUUAAACUAAAAUCAACAUUAGCUUUAGAGAAAGAGAAAGUUCAACAGAAGACUGAAGAAUUAAGACUGAGGGCAUUAGAGCUAAAACUUAAAGGAGAAGAGUUGAGGCUGCAGGAAAUUGAGAUGAAGAAAAUAAAUUAUUUGACCAAUAUUGAAGAGGAGAAACUAAAAUGCUUUAAAGAUAUUUCUGCUUCAUUAAAAGAGUUGUUAGACCGCACAAGAAAUGGAAAUGUUAGGUUCCAUAAUGUCUUGUAACAUACAGUUUAUUCUAAUUAAAAUACUUUUAAUGAACUAAAAUACUAUAGUUGGUCAAAACAAAUUGUCAGUAAAUAAUAACAAAAAAAAACUAUACUCAUCGUUUUCUUUUGGGUGCUAGUACUAGUGUAAGACGAAGAUAGUAUGUUUCUCUCUGUCUAUGUUUGAAAUGAGACAGUCCUUUGACAAACUAUAGUACCUACUUAGGCAUAAUCUGUGGACUACAGGAACCGCCCAUAUUAAGAGUUUGUUACACCUCUCUGAAUUCAGUAACUGACAAGAGGGACGCCGCAAUACGUGAGACACGUUAGGAGAUAUCUCUUAUCGUGUCUUUACGUAUUGCGGUGUCCCUAUCUUGUCAGUUACUAAAUUCAGGAAGGUGUAACAAGUUCGUUAGAACUGACUAGGUAUAUAUAUAUAUAUAUAUAUAUAUACAUCAUUUAUCUGUGGUAGGUACAACCUAUUUUACAUGUAAAGAUU